AUGACUGAUCAGGUGGAAAGAAAAAAAUCGUAUAGAUGGGCUUCGGCGUCUCAGGCUUCUUACGACGGUGCUGGAUGGGACAGUAGUGAUGAGAUUGAUUCCCAUGAUGAAGAAUUGAAAAAUCUACCUACUUUGCCAAAACUCGACUACACUAAAAAUGACGAGGUCUUAAAUUCGGUCCCUGAAAAUACUAAUGAUCCAAUUUCAUCAAACGUAGUUCAGGAACAAAUUCAGCCACAAGUUCCUGAACUCGUUCCCAGUUUUUUAAAGUCUCAACAGUUGAAGAGAACUCCUACUAAUAAGACAGUUAAUGAUGAUUUGGACAAUCUGAUGGAGCAGAUAUCAAAGGAAAUGACUCCAGUAUUACCUCAAGGUCGUAAUUUCGAAGAACUUGAUGAUAGAGUAAGUGAUAAAGAACUUGAUAAUGAAAGUGAUAAUCACGUCCCAAGAGAAUACUUCCAGAAAAGUAUGGGUUAUUUCGAUGAAAGUUUGGGCUACUCGGAAGGUGAUGAUGAAAAUACAAAUAAAGAUCAGAAUGAUGACGAUAUGGCUAUGGAUCAAGAUGAAGAAGAAGAAUUUAAGGUAUCUAAAAAUGGCUACUUUUCGAAAUUUAUAGAAAAUGAGAAUGAAUCCAAAAAUACAGAGAAUAAGCAAGAAAUAGACUCAGAGGUGGAUGUGCCUAAAGCAGAAUCUGUCAGUUCGAAUUCUGAGUCUAGAUCUCAGUUACAAAAACAAGAUAAUGAAAGCAAAUUAUCAUUGAUUGAUAAUUAUAGUGAUAUUCCCGAUUCUAUCCCAGAAAAUGAAACCAAAGAAGAACACCCAGUUGAAAUGGAAGCCGUAGAAUCAACCGAUGACACCGGUGUAGAUAUUGAUGAGUUGUCCUAUACAGAAUCUAUUACAAAUUCAAUUAACAACAUGUCAUUGACGAAUGAAGAAUUCCAAACACCAGAAGAAUCUGAAGAAGAGAAAUCGCAGAUUGAGGAAUCCCAAGCUCAAGAUCAAAAUUCUGCAGAAUCAUCUCUAGGGAAAGAUUCUAUAACGACGACUCACACUGGUAAUAAAUCCAAUGAUACAUUAUCUAUUGCAUCUUCUAAAGAUACAGAACCCGAGGAUGAAGAAAAUGUAUUGGUAGAAAACGAAAAAGAUGAACCUGUACAAGAAGAUCCAGAUAUAUCGAUGGAGAAAGCAAACAACACAACUAUGAAUGAUACAUCUAUUAAUGCUGAAGAUGAAGUUGACGAGCACGAUAAUAGCCGAGAUUCAACUGAAUCGGGAGAAUGGAGACCAAAUACAGAUGCAUUUAGAUCGGGUUUCGUUCAGGAAACUGAUAAUAAACCGCCAGAAGGUUACGUUGUAGAUUCAGAGGGUCAACUUGUAGACCUAAUGCCGUCAAAUUUAAAACAACGAGCUGCAUCGACUUAUACCGCUGGAAACGAAAGUGUAUGGCAAGGUUUUCCAAGUAAUUCGGACUCGACCAAUAAUCAAGAUAAUUCCGGUGCUCCCGAAGGCUACGUUUAUGAUGAAGAUGGUAAGUUGGUAAACCUAACUCCUUCUGCAAUGAAAAGUAGCGCUAUCUCAACAUACACAGCGGGAAAUGCAAGCAUGUGGGAAGCUUUUCCAUCUGAUGGUACCGCAGAUAUAGAGACAAUUAGAGAUACAAAGACUAUUUAUGAUAAUAAUACUUUGUUUAACGUUCCUGGUGUGAUAUCAAACAAUACCUCCUUACCACCUCUUCCAGAUAAUGCAGCGGCUGCAACUGCGUCUGCCGCUGUAAGAGGUUUAAAUUCUUCCUCGACAUUAUCAACAAUUCCUUUAGGUUUAACGCCAAUUGGUAGUGUAGGAGAUAUCUCUAAAUUAAAAGAGAAAAAUCCAAUACCACAACUAGAUUUAAAUCAAGUCAUAGGCGGGAAAAGGUCGAAUGCUGCUAAAUUGGAAGAGCUAAGAAAUUAUAGAAAUAGCUUGGAAGAAUACGAUACAGGUGUUAAAAUAUGGAUAUCACAUUCAUUAAAGUCUUCGAACUCUUCGGAUUCUAAUUUUAUAUUUGAAGAAUAUAAAGUGAGUAAACAUGUUAAACAUGCAUAUGCUAAUGCGGAUGAAUUAAGCAAAAAAAGUACUGUUAUUAAUACAGUGGAUACUGUAACACAAAACGUUAGCCAUUUGAAAAAGAAGGUAUUCUCACAUUCUAUAAAAUCAAAGGGUUUAUUUGCAUCUAUUGGGAAAAAGAAAUUGUAA